GAGUUUAGAGGUAUAUUAGGAAAUCAACUCAUUACAAAUGGGAAGUGCAACAGACUUGUUUUAUAUACUUCUUACAUCAUAAAAUAACAAUAAAAUAUAUAUGAUUAUUGAUUCAGAACAAAGAGGAUGUACAUAGAAUCAUAAAAUCGAUUCUCUAUAUACUUUUCAGAUUUGAUUUUGUCACCAUAAUCUUGCACACCCAAGAAAAUGCUUUGAACUUUAUGUGCUUGCUAUAAUUAACAUGUAUGAAUAUAUACCGUACAAAAUCAAAGAAACUAACCUAGCUAAUGAUACACAAAAAUUUAUGAAAAACUUAUUUCAUGGCUUUCCCAACUUUAUUCACCAUCCUUUUCUUUCUCAUCUUCAUCCCCACCAUCUUCUCCCGAACUCUUCAAUCUCCUCUAUCUUCAACAACAUUACUAUCUUCACCUAUUUCCUUUUCCACCCAUGUACACCAUAGACGUCGUCAACGAUACAUCAACACACAACCAUCAAACACACUAUCAACAUUCUCCUCCUCCAAAGUCAUCUCAGAUACAUAUGCAACCAAUGAACACUUACUAGUGAUCCCGGUUGGGAUAGGUCGUAAUAGCACAUCCUCACCAAUGCUUAAAACCGAGCUCAUAAUUGACACCGGCAGCAGCCUCACUUGGGUACAAGCUAUUCCAUGUGACUCCUGCUACGAACAAGGCGCAUUUUCAUACUACAACCACUUUGCUUCUGAAAGCUAUGAAGCAAUUAAUUGUAAAGAUGAUACUUGUAGAGAUGUCCCUCGAGCUUCACACAAUGAGUGUCUCGACUUACCUUGGGACUCAAAGGAGCCUUGCUCGUAUCAUACUGAAUAUGGUGAUGGAACUACAUCUAGUGGUGUCAUUGGUACCGAGACUUUUUACUUUCAAGACCCAUAUGUUGGGUUUGGGCAUGAGCCUGUGCGGUUUGUGCCUUUUGGGUUAGGAACGUCGAAUUAUAUCCCUCGAUGGAUUAAAACGAGUACUCCUGGCAUUGCAGGUCUCAUGCGUGGUCCUGGAAACUUGAUCGACAGGCUAAAUGUGAAGAAAUUCUCUCAUUGCUUCCCCCGUGAAGAGGAUGCCACUGGUAUAUUGAGCUUUGGCGAAGAAGCCAAGAUCAUGGGUGCCAAAAUUGCCUUGUUAAAUAAUUCGCGAUACUACAUGGCUCGCCUUACAAAUGUAUAUAUGGCAGGAAAGUGGAUUCCUAUGGAAAAUGAUGUCUUGCCAACUAAAAUGAUGUUCGACACAGGAUUUACUCAUAGUUUUCUAGACCCGAAUAUAAUGGACGCAGUUGUGGAAGCCAUUAAGGGUGCUCUAGGAAGAUACCAACCUCGAAAAGUUAAGGGCUUUGAGCUUUGCUAUGACUUGACCCAGCUAUAUUCUGUUAGCUUGGAUGAGGUUGCUAAGAUCACUUUUGAGUUCAAUUAUACUACCGACAUUCAUGUGUUUUCUUUUCAUCUUUGGGAACGACAAAGCGAGAAUCAAUUGAUUUGCUUGAGCCUCCAUAGAGGAGCCCCAAAAGAAAACAUAUUUGGUAACAACCUGAUGCGAGAGGUAAACAUAGGAUAUACUCUUGAAGAAGAUGAUUUGGCCAUGUAUUUUCAUCGCCAACAUUGUAAGUAAGAGAUGAUGUAGUAGUAAUAUCGUUGCAAUCAGUAGUGCGUAGGAAUUGGAUAACAUAGAAGUACAAGUACCAUUGUACCAGAGUAUGUUACAGAGAUUUUUGGUAAGUUGUUGAUAAAUUCUGAAAUCUGAAGUAACUUAUCAGGUAGCUAGCCAUACUGAUAAUAAAGACAAACCUUAUA